AUGUCUGAUAGCCCAGGUGACUUCCUCAACAGCGUUGACGGGGAAAUGGUUUUUUUCCGAUCUGUAACGAAGGCUCGUCCUGUUGGCCUCCACAAACAUUUUCACGUAUUAGCCAUUCGCAAUGCAAUACACAACGAAACUGGUCGUGUACUACCCGUCGACAGUAUUUGGGCGAAGUUAAAAACGUGUUAUGAUCUUGAUGCACUAGAGACAGCGGAAAUUGAUGGUUUUGAUACACCAACCUCAAGCCAGAAUUCAACACCACACCUCGUACGAUCCCCUUCGCCUUCCCAAAACCUCUCACGACAUCCUUUUUUUCGAGAUGAAUAUUCUCUUCCUAAUGAGGACACUUUCAAUAAUCUCGUUUCAGAACGUCGGAUGCGUGCAACGGCCUCCCUUCCAUCAUCAACACCUGCACCAUCCCCGCGCCAGCCCAGUAAACCGAAAAAGACCAAGACCACGAAACGUAGUAAGAGCAAGGCGGACAUGGCUGGCCUGGUAGGAGGCGACAGCGACAGCAGUGCGCUCACGCAGGAGAGUGGGGACGAGGGUGAUGGAAUUACCCCUAGCGUCAUUACAGGCACUGACGCGGGCACGGACUAUGAAGAGGACAACCCGGACGUGCAAGAAGCAUCACCUGGUCAAUCGAAAGCGGGACGAGGACGUGUCAAGCAGCUUGCUCGAGGAGGGGCGGUGGGACGAGCCAGGGCAGGGUCAGCGAACAAUGCCCGGGGAAGCAAGAAACGAAAGAAGUAGCAUUUCGUGUUCAUUAUCAUAUUUGCUUAUUAUUUCUCUAUCCGUUUGCUCUGACGAUGAUGACAGGCAUACCCUUACCAGGGGUACAACAUUGUAUUCAAUACUGUAAGUGUCGUUGUCAAUACUCAUACCGACUGCAGCAUUGCAAACACUAGUGCACUGGAUCGAGACUAAGAUACAGGCGCGUUCAGUGAUGCCCACUUCAGCCAGGCAGACCGGAACGGGCAGGUUUAUGAACAAAGAGGAUAGACAUAUCAUGCAGUCUACAUAUACAGUACACGUGUCUUGCAGUGCACGUAAGUCCAGUAUAUAUAGUAGAAAAGUCAUCGAUCCUGUAUCUAAUCUCAAAGGAAAUACUGAAAAAAAUCAUCACAUUCAUUUUAACUUGACACAAAAUUAGCGAUGCAACAUUGAUAUGAUCAGUCCGUG